CUUUCGUUUCAAGUUGCGGUUGUGGUAACAGUGACUUCUUAAAGACGUGUAAUAGCUAAAAACACGAACUGUUGCUUUCAAAAAAUUAAAUGCAAUAAUGUGAAGAAUGUAACAAAAAAGGAAUACAAAUGGUUUUGCAGAAUAUUCUUUGUUAUAGUGGAACAUGAUGAGUAAAAUCAGAUCUAAAUGGAUGCCUUGGAUUCUCUUAUUUUCUUUAAAGAUUACUUCGUUAAAUAGCUUAGAUUUCAAAAGUAUUUUACCUGAUAAUCCAGAUGAGUAUGAUAAUUUGCAGCCUCCAAAGGAAAAUGAUUCUUCUCCCACGAUCGUUGAAUUCCAUAUCACUGUACUCAGUAUAGACUCCAUAGAUGAGGGCUCAAUGACGUAUGUCGCUGACAUAUUUAUGUCACAAAGCUGGAAGGAUCAUAGACUCCAUUUGCCUGAAAAUAUGACAGCUAAAUAUCGCUUACUUCCUAUUCACUGGCUCAAAGAUAUUUGGCGACCAGAUGCGUUCUUUAAAAACGCCAAAAGAGUCAUUUUUCAAGAUAUGACAAUUCCAAAUCACUAUAUUUGGCUUUACAGAGACAAGAAAAUUCUUUACAUGGUUAAGUUGACUUUGGAACUUUCGUGCGCAAUGAAAUUUGAGUCGUAUCCACAUGACACACAGAUGUGCAGUCUCAAAAUUGAGAGCUUAUCAUAUACAACAGAUGACCUUGUAUUCAAAUGGGAAGAUCAGACUCCUUUAGUCGUUGAUGACGACAUAGAGCUUCCUCAACAUAUACUCACUAAUACAAGAUUAGGAGACUGUACUAAGUCUUAUUCUACAGGUAACUUUACCUGUAUCGAAGUGACCUUCACUCUAAAGAGACGUUUAGGCUAUUACCUGUUCCACACCUACAUCCCUACUUGCCUCAUCGUCAUUAUGUCAUGGAUUUCUUUCUGGAUUAAAGUAGAUGCCGUUCCUGCCCGGGUCACACUCUGUGUCACAUCUUUGCUCACGUUGUCUACACAACACGCUCAGUCACAAAAAUCCCUUCCACCCGUUUCCUACAUCAAAGCCAUCGACAUCUUCAUGUCCUCUUGCACUGUUUUUGUGUUUCUGUCGCUCAUGGAAUAUGCGGCUGUCAACAUCAUAGUCACCAGUGGAGAGAGCAAAGUUGCAAAAGCCAACAGGAAACGCUCAAGUCUAGGGGAUGAAGCAGCCCAGGUACCGAAUGGUCUUAUGGGAGCAAAAUUAAUACCCAUAACUUCUGAUGGGCAAAAAGCCGCUUUGAGAGUGGAUAAAUUAUCUCGAUGUGUCUUUCCAUUUGUGUUUGUCGCUUUGAAUAUUUGGUACUGGUGCAACUUUGUCUACAUGAGCUAAAGGAAAGACACGGAUGUAAAUAAAGAACCGUUUUAAUUUUCUUAUAAAACAGCAGACCCAAACUUUUAUUUUUUUAAAUAUACUUCAAUUUUUCGAAAAAUCUUAAUGUAAAUAAUUGUACUUAAUUGCUUGUUCUUUAAAAGUAAAUAAUUUCACGUGACAGAUUGAUAUAAAGAUAGUAGGAGCAGGUUUUUGAUAGAGAGAGUGAAACUAAACCAAUGUAAGGAAUUACAGCAUUGAAGUAGCUGUAUGCACUUAAUUUCUAACUUUGUUUUUCUGGCAUUGAUUCUAAAAAUUAUAUUUGACGAGUUUUGUAUGAAAAGUUUACAUAAAAACUUGAAAAUGAAAUAAGUAAGGUACAGUUUUAAUGCUGUUUUUUUUUUUUUUAAAGAAUUGACUAUGCUGAAGAGGUUUAAUUCUGUGUAUGAAAAAGAAUAUUAGAAAUCUGUCACUUUUAGUAUUUAACCUACAUAUUAAACUUACCAACUAAGUUUCAUAUUUUUAAAGAAAUAGCUCCUUUAUAAGUCAUUUAACUUUACUGCUAAGUCUAAAUUUGCAAAAACAAACCAGCAAAA